CACAAUGCUUCUACUUUGUACGCUAGAUGGAGUUUACCUUGUAAGAACACUGUUGACGUGAACGUGCACAAUACUGCUUACUCGACGUUCACUGCCUCCAUCCCGUUCUCUAUAAAAGAUGCCCCUGCUCUUGUACGUAAAGUCUAUAUUGCAAAGAGGAACUUCUUGAACACGCUUCUUAUUGAAUCAACUUUGUUGGAUCAUCUCUCAACACCUUUCAAAAUACCGUUCUUCACAAAGUCAGCAAUGUCCAACUCACCGAAAGUUCAGCAAUCCCGACACGAGGAGCUCGAUGGCCUUCCAACCACAGAACAUUCAGAGUCUGGAACGCCGUCCCUGCUAUGCGAAUUGAGUCGUGAUAUUGUUAAUCGCGACUCUAUCGAUUUUGGGAACGACAAUGCAAAGGUGGAUGACGAAGACUCAUGGCGUCGUUCGAUAAGCGUCGAUGGAGAGUCUGGUAGCGAGGACGAACAGGAACAGGAAGACAGCGAUCUUUUCGACGCCGAGGAGCGGAUGUUGAAGGCCGAGGACAAAUGGAUAAGGGCUCAUGGGAAGCUUCGUGAAGAAGGAGAUAUGCCACGGUACUGGUACCUAUUGGAUCACUAUACCCGUGAUGCAUUCCUUUAUAUCGUUCGCAUGUGUUCAAAAGUUUGGAAGGUUAAGCUCUUGGAUAUGGUAACUGACGACACGAUCAGCGACUUCGCCGCUAGCAGCAACUGGCUCGUCGCCAACUUGGAACGGCUCAUUGCCGGUGAAUAUGUCGCAUCAGUUGACAUUGAAAUUGAACUCAAUACUGACCUCCAAGCAAUCGCUAUGGCUUGUCAUUAUCUCGAUGCGCCGCGAUUCGGGGGAACGGUUAAUAAUUAUAUAAUUAAAGACUUUGCUGCUUGUGUUCGAAUUCUUGCGAAUACUGACUAUACGGCUGAGCUCACGAAUAUUGCUACAGAGCUUUAUGCACUUAAAGCACGCAUUAACGCGCACGAUGCCAGCUUCAAGAAGCUUGAGAAGCAGAACCUCAAACUCAAGUCUGAUUACGUUAAACUACAGAUGCGCUGCGACGCCUGCGAUGCCGCUUACGAGGAGCUCAAGAAACAGACACUCGAAUACGCUGACAAUUUAAGCAAACUGGAGGGACUAGUUACUCCCCAAGCUGAAGAGAAUACAGGGACAACAAGAUUUGUUGCAAUAUUACCUACUAUAAGUAUACCUUAUUUUAAAACUUAUAAGUUAAAAAAAUAUAAAGUUUUCUUUUAA